CGUUUCAUGUUUGCACCGAAGAUAAAGAUUCCGAUCUUUUCUCAAUGAACGGCAGACCAUCUCUGGAGGUGUUUCAAACCUUGAAUCUAUGUCCUUCCUCAAUAUAUAAGUUGUGUGCUGUUCAUUCCUAACGUUCUCCCCACUUGACCCCAGAAAUGCCCCCGCUCACCACCCCCCCUAACCUGAGUGUUGUAGAUACAUUUGGAGCUGUUUAUAUUGGUGUUACCAUAGCUGCAAUCUUGUAUGGCAUCACCAUCCUGCAAACCGCCAUCUAUUACAAGGUAAACCCUAACGAUCCGUGGGUCUAUAAAUAUGCUGUCGCUAUACUAUGGAUACUCGAUACACUCAACAUCGCCUUGAGCGCCCACGUACUCUAUUUUUAUCUUAUCGAAUCAUUUGGGAAUUACUCUGCUCUGUCGAGGGUCAUUUGGAGCUUUCCGCUCCAGAUUGUGUUCAAUAUGUUAAUUGCUUACGGAGUUCAAGCACUGUAUGCUGUGAGGAUCUGGAAAUUCGGCCGUCAUUUUCAUUUGGCGUUUCCCUGGUUCAUUUUCCUUGCUGUUGCAGCUACGUUCGGCACAGGAAUCUAUGCAGUUUACGACACAUACACUGUGUCGAGCCUUUCAGACAUUUUAACCAAUAGGAUAUCCAUAUACACCGCCUUCGCCACGAUGGUGGGGGCCGAUUUCGCCAUUUCUGGAGCAAUGUGCUUCUACCUCAACAAGGGCAGGACAAUGACCAGUUUUUCCAGUACGACCAAAAUCAUUGUGAGAUUGAUGCGAGUCGUAGUGAUAUCUGGGAUGUUGACAGGCGUCUUUUCCCUUCUCACUCUCGUGGCAUACAUUGGUUGGUCAAAGACAUUUAUUUUCAUGGCCCUCGGUACAUCCAUUCUACCAAAGCUCUACAUAAACUCCUUACUCGCAAUGCUGAAUUCACGUGAAAGUUCAAUGUGGUCGGUCGGAAAAAAACGACCUGUUGACGACAAGACAAUCGAGUUUGCAUCUUACCACGUCGGAAGUAGAACAGUUGGUUCAGGACAGACGAAUAUCACAAUACCUGGUCUCUCUCUGACUGGAACAGGGACGAAUAUUUCCGUACCUCUCUCCGUAACGGAAGGAAGUCGUCCGAGUAGUACAGGUGAUAUGACGUCUGUAUAAGAAUAUGGUUCUUUCAUGUCAUUCAACUUUACGCCGAUGACUGGGUCCUAUCCUUCUGCAUAGUACAGAUCGGAGUAGCAGAAGCAGCACUGCUAUCCGCAGCAUCACCAAUGCGGAGUCGGUUCCUACCAGCUACAAAACAGCCCGUAAACAAUGCGGCAAGUGUCAUGGUUGAUUUGACGGAUAAACAACAACGACAGUCGUCGGUGUGCGAAGUAUAGCUCGCGUGAGUAAUUCUGGGAAUCAUCAGAGACAUUGGCUGAAGAAUGGUAUUCUCUUCAAUAUGUGUCGCAAUGUGCUGUGGAAAGCUGAGGGAAAAAGCGUAGUUUUCGACUGCUGACUCA